GCCGUGAGUUAAUUUUGUUUUGCCGUGAGUAAAGUUUGUAGUGCCGUGACUUUUUGUUUUGCCGUGACAGUUGUGGGCCACCGCAGGAAGGGGGUUAACGAGGUAGAAUAAGUUAACCAGGACAUCUCGUUUAUCAUACAUGGGACAUAUCGUCUAUCAUACAUGAGGCUGAUGUCAUGAAUAUCGUCAGCCACGAUGUCGACAUUCAAACGUUUAUCAUACGUCGGUUUUUUUUUGGCUGGCGUUAGUAUUGGUAUCUUUUGCCGGACAAGGCAAUUCGGAUGCGGGCUGCCAUCUGAGUGUCAUAGAGUAUUUUCGCUGAGCUUCGUUUCGGUUGCAGCUUCCUAUUUAUUCCUAGUAGUAGGACCGUUCUCACUAUCACGUGCUUCGUUAUGCAAUAAAUUUGGCGUUCUAUGGCAGCUUUCCUUCCUACCAAGCGUCGAAAGAAUCAGAAUUAUUCCAUAUCUUCUAAAGCACCAGCCUGGAUCAAACACACAUCGACUAAUCCCCGUUAGAGACGACUGUGUAGUUGUCGCUAUAGCACGGAAAUGCGGCUCAACUUCAACCAGCAACGUUUUCUGCAGGAAGAUCGAUCACAGCGGAAGUGGUGAAGGAAAACCCUUCCAGCUACGAAAGUUAGAGAACAGAUCUUUUUGGAGAAAUGAAGAAGUAAACAAUGAAGAACUCAAAGUUGGAUGUCUUCUGGAAUAUCGAGGUCGAACGUGCCGUCAGAGCCUCUUAAGGCCUAUUUACACGGCACGACUUUGUCGCAUGCGACAAGCUUACGACAGGCCUACGACAUGACUUAAGAGUCGUAAGCGAGUUGUAGGUUUGAUUUACACGAAACAAUUCGUGUCGUAAGCCUGUCGUAAGCUUAUCGCAUGCGACAAAGUCGUACCGUGUAAAUAGGCCCUUAGGAAGACUCUGCAAGCUGGGUAUACGUAAGCGAGAUGGAAGACAGUUCGUUUUUGUCAGAAAUCUCGGUAAAAAACCAUAGGUAAGCUUUCGCUACGACACCAACACUUGCAGUUGUCGGCAGAUUUUUGAGAAACUUACAUUGUCUCAGUGUCCUAGCAGAUUUAGACCCCCUGUUGCUGAUUUGGACCCCUCUACAAAACUUUCUGUUUUUCAAUUUUCUCUCUAUCAUGAAAUUAUUCAGUUUUGUUGGUGGGUGGGUGUGGGUGUCAAAACUUCACACUGUCACAUCUCAGUUCCUGUGAACAACCUGCAUUAAUUAUCUCAUAUUCUACACAUAGGAGGCAAAGUUCAGAUAAGCAACAACUACUUUUGGGAAAGCCCUUGAAAUAUGAUCAUUUUUUCUUGUUAAAUGUAUCUUCACUUAUUUGAAGAAAAGAAAUAGCAAUGUAUCUUUGGUUGGAGUCUGUUGGAGAUGAAAUAGCGUUUUGCUUUGUAUGUUGUUAAAGGUCACCCCACCCUCAAGGGAGAUAUGAUGAGCCAAUCUUGCCCUCGCAGAUCCCGGAUCCUCGCGUUUGUACACAGAUAUCUCAGACUGCCAUAGGGCGAACAUAAUCAGUUGCAACUCACUAGAAAGGAAUGUAUGACAAAAGAUUGUUUCAACAUCCAAAAAAAUGACUUUAGAGAGAGAUCAGAGCUUUUUUGCCACUGUUUUAUCAUAAAUGAAUAUCGAUUAUGUUGAUGCACAGGACGUGUAAGUUUUUGGUAGAGUUAUUAUGAAACAUGCUACAGAAAAACUGAUAAACUUAUCUCAUUAUGUCAGGUUGAUUGUGAAAUCAUCAUCACGUAAUGGUCUCAAUAUAUCACAAAAUUAGCCAUACAUCACCAGGAAAUAACUCAUUCAAGUAUUUUCAGCUGUACUUAUAUGUGUGCAGCCUGUUUUCACACUUUUUAAUGUAUUUAAUAAAUCAAUUACGACAUUUGAAAAUAUACCUCAUCAAAGGAGAGAAGUCGUUGUCACCAGAGGUUAAAUUCUUUUUCCAAGCUGUUGCCCUCUGAAAGGAUGAAAUAAGUAAUGAAAAACAGGAGGAAAUACCUUGAUCAAGUGAUGGUUUGAUGAGAAAAAUCCAAAGGCAACUCAUUCAUCAAGCAAGGUUUGAAACAAAGGGCAUGGCUUAUAGACAUUGGAACAACCUUCUACCAUAAAUUUCUUUUAGGUGAGUUGCAAUGUUUGCCCUGUGGUGAUACGAGAAAUCUUUACAUGAACAUAAGGACCUGGUUACUGGCAACUCAUUCAUUAAGCAGUUUUCACACAUGUACCAACCAAAGGAUUGUGGUUUGAAAUAGAGGGUGUAGCUUGUCAUUUAGGAAAUACUUUAGCAAACUGGCCACAUACUCAUAAAAUCCCACAGGUAGGAGUCAUGGUAAAGUUUGUAUCAUGACUCAUGAGUGGCCAGGUCCUAGAUCUCAGGUCCCAAACAUGGUCAGAACACAACCAGUACAAAAUGAUUGCUAGCAAUUAUUAGUAUAAGCAGAGUCAAAAAAGUUUACUUUAGAUCGAGAGACUAAAUAUUGAUGGUGAUAUUAUUUUUCUUAAAUGUAUAAUAAGUAAUGAGAGACAAUUGAGAACAAGUUAUAGCAAAAUUUUUAGACAACUUUUUUUAUUGGCUCAACCCAAACUUGCAGUAACUACAUGCUUGAUCCACUUUUACUCCAGCUUAUGUUCCCUUCCCAUCCCUUGGAGCAAGAGAUGAUAGGAAGGAGAAAGCCCUGAGAGGGAAUGAGGGUGUAGAGGUGCUGACAAUUUCUAUUUAUUAUAUUCUGUGGUACUAAAAAGAUGGACUUCUUUUUCCUUUACAGAAUGUGGAUAAGUUAUUACUGGACUUCUAAGAUGAUGAAAGUGUUUAUGGAGGACUUAAAGAGGCACAUGGAUAUGUCAACCUAAAGGUAAAUAACAUAAGGCUGUAACAUUAAAGAAAAAUUUGCAAGUGAAACAACCCCUGUUUCUUUAGUAUAAAGUUAUCAGAAGUAUUGCUAAACCUUAAUUCUAGUUAGGAUGUAUGUUAGUUCACUGCAGAUUACCUUCAGCCAGCAUCUUCUCUGUUUCACAGACAGCUUGUUGGUCUGAUGUAAAGAAAUCUAGACAGAUGUGAAAGUAAUCUUUCUGUAAGUUAGUACCCAACAAUAUAAUACAAUCACAAAACCAGGAUUGUAAUAACUGGAUUUUUUUGUCUCAAAGUCUAAUAUAAUGACCCUCAGACCACCUAUCAUUGGUAACAAAAUGUGACAAUAUUUUAUAACUUGUAUUUGCUGUUUUCAUUGAAAAAACAAAAACAAAAACGAACAUGUACCAUAUCAAUUGAUACUUUUAAUGUUCAUUGAAAUAGGUGUAUUGAUUAAUCUAUUUUUAAGUUAGUUAAAAAUGACUGUGGACUUCUGUCGUGACAUUGACUGUUAGAAACAGCACUCUAACUCACUGGUCUCUGACCUUGCUAUUAGUUAGGAUUGAGUGCGCUAUACCUAGCCUCAUUCAGUAAGUUUUUCCUGUUUGUUUUUUUCCCUCUUUUCAUGGAAAGGCUCACAGAUUUCAAGGCAUUUUAGAAAAACUUUAUACCAAACUUCACAUAGCACGUACCAGAAUUUACUUCAUUGGAAUAAGGGCUUUUACAAUUGAGAAUGAAAGAAUCACUCUGGAAACAAUGGAUAAAGAAUGGUUAGUUAUGGCACUGAACUGUCGAGAGAACCUUGUCUUAUCCACAGCAUCAGUUCAUUUGCAACUUGACAGGCUAAGGAAGGUUGCUGAUGAUGAUGGUGAUGAUGGUGGGGAUCAUGAGGUACCUGGUGUGGCAGUUGUAAAAUUUGAAGCUUGUGAAUUUACCUGUGAGGGACUGAUUUCAAGUGAGUGAUCAGCAUGAUAUAUGUACUGCAUAUUAUAUGGCUUCAUUCAUGACACAGACAAUGACACUGAGGAAAAAAGCGACAUUUUUUUUUUUUUACUUAUUUAUUUUUUCUUUUGUAUGUGGAAAUACCGGAAAAAACAGACAAAGACAACAAACAGAAUUUAUUUAUCUUAGCAAUUAAAAUACAUAUCUAAAACUCCCUACCCCAAAAUAGGGAAGGUAAUCAAGGUGGGAGGCAAACAAACAUUAAAAUAAAUUCUUUGAUAACAAUUUUGACUGAACAGAGGAAUGACCAAAAAAGCAACACUCACAAUACCUUUAUGAGUUUAGUGUAUUUGACCACAUUAAUAAUGAUUAUUUACAUAGUACUUACGUAAGUUGUGAAAAUAAAGCUUGAAUUAGAUACUGAUAAAAAUUAUUCAGACUUUAUUUGAGGAGUCAAAAUUAUGACCCCUGUGAAACUAUCUGUACAGUACUUUAACCAACUACUGCCAGUGAUUCAACUGAUAGCUAAUCAUUGCAUAAGGGUUGGAAGAUGUACCCAUCAAAGGUUAAACUAGCCAAAUGAAAGUAAUUGAUCAAUUUUACUUUGUUUUGAAUUAAAUUGAUAGAUAGCCAAUAUUCAUGACUCAUUAGAAUUUGUAUGGCCAACAUUUUAACAGAAUUAAAGGAGCUAAAUGAUCAUGCAGCAUUAUUGUUUUAUUUUCAAUGGGAAAAAAAACAUUAACACUGUCUUUUGGUUAAGUGUACUUUGCUUAAAAUUUACAUUUUUGCUUGAAGUGUAAUAAAUGACAAAAACACCUAAUACAGGUCACAAAUAUUCAUUAUCAUAAUGAUGAAAAAAAUCACAAAAAUUGUGAACAUUCUUUGCAUGAACAUUUUACAGUCUUACAAUUUUUUCUCUCCAAGACUAGCACAAUAAGCCAAAGUUUUCAUCUUUCUAUUUGUUUGUUAGAUUUCUAUUGUCUCUGCUUUUGCCUCUGCUUUAACCCUGUAUUAGUUGAAUACUCUAUCAGUCACAAAUUUUCAGUAAGUCCAAUUUUAGAACUAUUUGUGAAAAAUUAGUAUCCCCACAAAAUACACAUUUUUUCUUGUACUGUUUUCCAGGGUAUAAAGCCUUCAUCAUAUCAAGGGAUGAAGAACCAGUACAGAUACAGAAUGCGUGUGGCAAGGUGAUUCCAGUUCCAGGACAUUGCCGUGUCUUGUUUGACACUGGCAAUGAAGUAGCUACCAGCAUAUCCAGAGAGCUUCUGUUGGAGUUGAACCUGCAACCUGUUCCCAGCAAGAAAAUGAAAGUUAAAUUAGCAGGAAGAGGGUCGGGCCAGUUUGAAACAGUAGAAAUUAAUCUCAUAAUUCGAGGAUGCCCUUUUAAAGUGAGUGCAUUGAUUGAUGCAGUAGCUGAGGGUACUGAUCUUCUUGUGGGAAUGGAUAUCAUUCAGAAGCUGUUUGACUCAGGGUAUACUAUUGGUGACUGACCUAUGGUAUAUUUUAAGAAUUUCUAAAAUGAUAAUCAAGAUAAAUGGCCCGUUUCCACUAAAAUUUGAUAGAUUCAUUAAUUCAGAAAACAAAUAUUUCAUAUCUUUCUUUUAAAAAGUGUUCCUCUAAACUUGAUAGCACCUUUUUGCUCCUUGGAAUUGAAUUUGCUUUAUUACAUUCAUCACUUCCUCAGUAACACUGCCAAAAUGUAAGACAGUUAUUUUUAAAUUUAGCACUCCUACUGUUAUCACCUUGUGUAAGGUUAAUGUGGCGAGAUAUGACGCAAUCCUUGUCCAGUUACAGAACACACAACUCUGCAAUCACUGGCAAUUAUACCAAUGUAAUAAACCACAAAUACAGUAGCUCAGACAUGUCUUGAAAGUCAAUAUGAUGUAGUGCAUUGAGAAAUUUAGAACAUCUGUUUAUCACUUAAAAUAUACUUACAAUGUAAUUAGCUAAUAUCAUGCACAGUACAUCAUACUGAUGAUUUUUAUCUAGAGUUUAUUUAUUGUACAAUGUUAACCAUCGUAAUGAUGUAAAACAUAUUGCACAUUUGGG